AUGUCGUCCAACGCUGCUGAGAGGCUGUCCCUGCGCGAUAAGCGAAGCUCGCCACUGAAACAGCGAUCGGGUACUACUCUCCGACGCUUCAAGAAGGAGGAUGGCGUGAUCUACCACAUUCCGUCAAGCCCAGACCUAGCAAGCCUUUUCGCAUUAGACGAGAGCAAACCCAUCUUGGUUAUCCCCCCUACUCUCAGCAGGAAGUCGUCUUCCCCGUUGAUUGCCAUAAUCUGUCCCCUCCGAGCCGAUCUUCUCAAGGACUUCAUCGGUCUUUCGCCAUCGUCUGACAAAAAAGAUUGCAUCAAAACCCGAUGUGACGAAAGCCAGAAAUUGAUGGGCUUGGGUGGUGGAGUAGCAGUCUGCGCUAGCGGCCCAGAGAACUUGAUGAGAGACGCGCAGAAUGCAGUUGCGAGAUUGGGUUUGACAAUGGGUAUGGAUGUGGGCGGGAUUGCUCUACAUACAGAGCUGUUUACUUUGUAACACUGAGGUAGAUGUCAUCUUAUACUGGCGUUUUU